AUAUUACAUUUAUAUGUGGUUUGCAUGUAAAAAGUGUUUUACAAGUUCUUUAAUGUGACCUAUCAACAAAGAUUCUAAACGCACCCAACAUUCAUGAGAAUACUGCUUGAGUGAGAAACUGUUGAUUUUCUAUCUGUCUGUCACUAAUUCUUGUUAUUUGCUAAAAAAAUUACGAGCUGUUGAAGUCCCAUUUAUUCGAUAAGAAAUUUUGCACAAGGUUAUGUGUAUGAUAAUCAAUGAUCGACAUGUUCUAAAACGUAGUCCGAAUACGAUUACCGAUCGAUUACUUUGCAAAUUUUAAACUGCUAAUCGAGUAACCAGCUACGGAUAGGGCAGCCCGCGUCAGGGUAACUUUAAAUACAGUAUCUCGGGUAUGUUGAGUUUAUCUUAAAAGCAAUCAACAUCAAAGUCGUGAGAUUCACUUGUAAGAAUGGCCGAUGAAACAGAAACAGUUCGACUUACCAACGAAGAUAUCGAGUGUAUGGAAGCAGAAAUAGACGGUGACGAUGUAGACGAAGAAGGUUCCGACGGGGUUGUAGUUCCAGAACUUCAGGGUACACUAUCCAAAUGGACAAAUUAUAUACAUGGCUGGCAAACUAGAUUUAUUGUUCUCAAAGAUGGUACUUUAUCUUAUUACAAAUCUGAGCAGGACAGUGGAUUUGGAUGUCGUGGUUCGAUAAGUCUGUAUAAAGCUAAUAUUAAGGCACAUGAAUUUGAUGAAUGUAGGUUUGAUGUAUCAGUGAACGAUUGUCUAGUAUGGUAUUUAAGAGCAAACUCUCCAGAAGAAAAACAACGUUGGGUAGAUGUUCUAAAAUCUUACAAGUCAGAAUCUGGUUAUGGAAGUGAAAACAGUCUCAAACGUCAUGGUAGUGCCAUUUCCCUUGUGUCGAAUACACAAUCUAUUACAAGCGCUGGUAGUUUCACUAAACGUGGUGUUAGAGGAUUAAAAGAAAAAUUAGCAGAACUUGAAACCUUCAGAGAUAUUCUGGUCAAGCAAAUUGAUACUCUGCAGAAGUAUUUUGAUAAUUGUGCUGAAAAUGCUAAAAAUAUUUCCAUGAAAGAAAAUAAAGUUGAGAAAAUGUUUGAUCCAGCUGAUCACUCGGUAGAUUUCAAAGGAGAAGCAAUAACAUUCAAAGCAACAAGCGAAGGUGUACUUGCAACAUUACAACAUUGUGUUGAGUUGAUGGUACAAAGAGAAGAUGCAUGGCGUCGUAGAUGGGAAAAAGAAGUUGAGAAAAAACGAAAAGUGCAAGAACUUUAUAAAACUAUAAAAGAUCAGGUUGCAAUGCAUCAAGGUGAUUCUCCUAGACCUAGGGUUCUUAUCCAUGGAGGUCCAGAUUAUGAGGAAGGUCCGCAUAGCGCGCUCUGCGACGAAGAGUUCUAUGAUGCGGUAGAGACUGGAUUAGAUAAGAUUGAUGAAGAAAAUCAACUGAGAGAUCGUUUGAAACAAAAAUCAGUUUCAAUUGUAUCGACCGCUACUAUGUCAGCAUCUAAGCACAGACUUUGGCCAGAGAUCGAAAGAAUAACGAUGCAACAGUUGCAUUAUGCACGUCUUGGAGUAGGAGCUGGUGGUUGGCAAUUAUUUGCCGAAGAUGGUGACAUGCGAAUGUACAGACGCGAAGAAGAAGCGGAUGGCUUAGUGGUAGACCCUUUAAAAGCCUGUCAUGUUGUGAAAGGAGUUACCGGUCAUGAAGUUUGUGACAUAUUCUUUAGUCCUGAAUACAGAAGCGGAUGGGAAGCAACACUCGAAGACAUGACCGUGGUUGAAAAUAUUUCUAAAGAUACUUUGAUAUUUCUACAAACACAUAAACGAAUUUGGCCAGCAAGUCAAAGAGAUGCAUUGUUCUGGUCUCAUAUGCGUAGAGUGUCCGACGAUCAAGAUCCAGAUGCACACGACUUGUGGAUAGUCUGUAAUCACAGCACAGAACACCCUGAUUAUCCUCCAAACACUGGAAAAUGUGUAAGAGUUUAUCUAACCGUAUGUCUUGUAUGUCAAACUUUUAUCGAUCCUCCGAAAGAUGAAGAAGAAAUAAAAAGAGAAAAUAUUACGUGCAAAAUAACUUACUGUUCUGUUGUUAAUCCAGGUGGAUGGGCUCCAGCAUCUGUUUUACGUGCUGUUUAUAAAAGGGAGUAUCCAAAGUUCCUUAAACGUUUCACUAGCUUUUGUAUUGAUCAAUGUAAGGAUAAACCACUUACAUAUUAAGUGUAAUUUAUACAAAUUCCAUAUUUUCCAUCCAAUUCCUUAUUUACUACAUCAAAGUGUCUUCGCGCUUUCAAUGGUGUAAUAUAUCAAAGAAGAAAAUCAGAAUUUACACAGUAUAGAAAUUUGGAAACAAAAACUACUUCCGAUAUAAAUGAAAGUGUUUUUUAUAUACUUUUUUUUUAUUUCCUUAACGUGAUCAAUAUGUGUGUACAUGCACGCACACACACACGCGUGCGCGCGUAUCUCUCUUAGUGGAACAGGAUGCAAACUGUUACAUUGAAAGUGAUUUAUUAAAGCGUAAGGAAACUCCAAGAUAAACUGUAAUUUCAACCAAACCCGCUAAAGCACUGUUUAAAAAUUAUAUUUACGUCUUUAAACAACAGCUUGUUAUUUUAUUGUUAUACAGAAUGCUGUCGCAAGCCACUUGUACAGAUCUUAACAAAUCGAAUACAUACACAUUUAUCUAUUGUUACAUUAUAUAUCCAAUUAAAUACGAAACUGUAUAAUAAAAUUAUAUUGUUAUUUUUAUUUAUAUAUAACGUGUAUAUUGAUACACAAUAUAAAGGUCAAAUGAAGAAACAUAAUAAAGACUGUUGUAGAUUUGUCAUAAU